AUGAACAACAUAAACGUCGUAUGCUUAGGAGGGGCGAGUGAAGUAGGACGAUCAUGCGUAAUUAUCGAAAGUGAGAAUACAUCAAUUAUGUUAGACUGCGGAAUACACCCUGCCUUUAUGGGAAUUGGAUGUUUACCCAUUUAUGAUGCAUAUGACAUUUCAAAGAUAGACUUUUGCCUUAUAACACAUUUUCAUAUGGAUCAUAGUGGGGCCUUGCCAUAUUUAAUUAAUAGGACCCGAUUUAAAGGAAGGAUUUUCAUGACUGAGGCAACUAAGAGUAUUUGUUAUUUACUAUGGAAGGAUUAUUCUCGUAUUGAGAAAUGCAUGAAUCUUAUUAAUAAGAAUAAAAGUAGUAAAAAUAAAAAAGAUCAGGAUGAUGAAAAUACAUCUGUUGAAUUUGAGAGCGAUAUAAAUAUGAACGCGUUAUAUUCGAGUGAUGAUAAUAUAGAUGAUGAAUAUUUUAAUAAAGUUGAUUUAUUAUAUGAAAGUUACAAUGGUGAUGAUAAUAGUAACAAUGUUUUAUAUGAGGAAGAUGAUAUAGAUAGAACAAUGGAAUUAAUUGAAACAAUAAAUUUUCAUCAAAAUUUAGAAUUUCCAAAUGUGAAAUUUACAGCAUAUAGGGCAGGACAUGUUAUUGGGGCAUGUAUGUUUUUAGUUGAGAUAAAUAAUGUGCGUUUUUUAUAUACAGGUGAUUAUAGUAGAGAAAUAGAUAGGCAUAUACCUAUUGCAGAAAUCCCCAAUAUUGAUGUUCAUGUAUUAAUAUGUGAAGGAACAUAUGGUAUAAAAGUUCAUGAUAAUAGAAAGAAAAGAGAAAUUCGUUUUUUAAACAUGUUAACAAAUAUAUUAAAUAAUAAAGGUAAGGUACUUUUACCUGUUUUUGCCUUAGGUAGAGCACAAGAAUUAUUAUUAAUAUUAGAAGAACAUUGGGAGAGUAACAGGUAUUUGCAAAAAAUUCCUAUUUUUUAUAUCUCUUCUAUGGCUACAAAAUCGUUGAGUAUAUAUGAAACUUUUAUAAAUUUAUGUGGUGAUUUUGUGAAAAAUGUAGUUAAUGAAGGUAAGAAUCCAUUCAAUUUUAAAUAUGUCAAAUAUGCAAAAUCUCUUGAUUCUAUAUUAAGCUAUUUAUAUCAAGAUAAUAAUCCUUGCGUUAUAAUGGCAGCACCUGGUAUGUUACAAAAUGGGGUAUCAAGAAAUAUUUUCAAUAUUAUAGCAUCUGAUAAUAAAAGUGGAGUGAUAUUAACAGGAUAUACAGUUAAAGGAACUUUAGCAGAUGAACUAAAAACAGAACCAGAAUAUGUUACAAUUAAUGAUAAAAUUGUUAAAAGGAAAUGUCGUUUUGAGCAAAUAUCUUUUAGUGCUCAUUCAGACUUUAAUCAAACGAAAACAUUUAUUGAAAAGUUAAAAUGUCCAAAUAUUAUCCUAGUACAUGGUUAUAGAAAUGAACUAAACAGGUUAAGAGAUAAAUUAAUUGAAGAGAAGAAGUAUCUAUCCGUUUUUACUCCUGAACUAUUGCAAAAAGUUUCUUUUCAUUUUGAGCAUAACGACCAUCUCAUUUCUUUAGGAAAACUCUCCACGCACAUUAAAAAGAUCAACAAAAAAAUGAUAAAAUAUACUAAAUUAAAAAGAGCAAAGGAUGGUGAAACUGUGGAGGAGGCAAAUGAAGAUAUAGAUGCGGCAGUUGCGCAAGAUGCAAAAGCGGAGGGUAAUGAAGUAGGAGAAACUGAAAGGUUUCAACAAGUUGGAAAUAUUACAGAAGAAGAAAACAAAAUAAAUUCUGUUAAAGUGAGUAGUAUUUCAAAAAUGGAGGGGAAAAACAAUUUAAUAACUGCACUUAGUAGCAAUGAUGCAGAAGGGAAAGGAAAAUGUGAUAAAGUCAAAGCUUCAAACAUAAUUUCUGAGGAUAUAGAAGCAGUUAUAAUAACAGAACUGAAAACAGUACCAAUAAUUAUUUAUCCCAAUGAUAUUAAUAAAUAUACAAAUUUAAAAACUGCUUUAAUUGAUCAGAUAAUUAAUAUAAAGUACCCAUAUAGAUUCGAUUUGUUAUAUGAUCUUUUGAGUAAUGUAUAUGAAGAAACCCUUAUAGAUGAUAAUGUAAUAUACGUGAAAGAUAUAAAAAUUAUUUAUUGCAAAGAAGAGAAAAUGAUAAAAAUAAAUUGGUUUUCAAGUCCGAUUAAUGAUCUAGUUGCUGAUAGUAUUAAUUUUUUAGUACUUGAAUUUUUGGAUACGAUGGCAUCUAAUAAAAAUUUACCUAUUUAUGACGAUGUGACAGAUCAGCAUAUAUAUGAAAUGAUAAUCUCGUUUGUUGAGGAAAACUAUGCAAACGUUGAAAGGAUAUCUAAAAUAGAAAUAAAAAAUUUUUUAAUGCAUAAUGGUAACAAGGAUGAAAUAGAGGGUAAGGAAAGAAAGGACUCAUCAUUUAAUGAUAAAAGGAAUAAUAAUAAUAAUAAUAAUAGUAAUAAUGAUAAUAGUAAUAAUGAUAAUAGUAAUAAUAGUAAAAACAGUAAUUAUGAUAAUUCUGAAAGAAGUAAAAAUUAUGACGAAGAGAGGAGAAAUAUUGGGCAUUGUGAAAAUUAUGAUUGUACUGCUAUUAAUCAAAGCAAAAGCAUGGAUAGCUCUUAUUUAAGCAACAAGGAACAUUUAAAAUUUGGAAAAAAUUUUAACAGUAGUACUAGAAAUUUUCAUGCGUAUGAUAAAGUACUCUUAGAUUAUAUUGCAAAGCAUGCUAAUUUAGAGCUAAAAAAUGAUGAAGAAAUUGAGGAAAUACUGAAAUUUGAUGUAAAAGAUAACUAUAACAACGAUGUUCAGGUUUUUGUUGAUAUAGAUAAUAGGGAAGUCAUUUGUAAGGAAGAAAGCAUUUUAAUAAAAAUUAAAGAAAUUUUAAGAAACAUAGAAGAAGCACUGCUACCCAUGUGCUUUUAA